AUGGGUUAAUAAUGUUGUCGUAAUUCUCCACUUCCAGACUUAGAAGAUAAAUAGAAUAACAAUCCUCCCGAACAGUAUUCAAAUAAAUAAGAUACCUUUGCAACUCGUACUCAAUCAUACCAAACAAGAAUCAAUGAAUUAGAAAACAAUGUAUAAACUUCCUUAGAAGUAAUGAAUAAAUUGAAUGAUACAAUACUGAAUUUAGUAGUAUAGGUCGAAAGCUUAAAUAAUUAAUUAGAGCAAAAGUAGAAAUUAGAACAGAUUGAACCUAAAGUGGUAAAAUGA